UAGUCAAAACAAACAGUGUAGUUUUCUAGUUUUUGUUGUUUGUAUUUUAGUAGAAUUUUUUCUGUUUGUUUAUUCGCUUUAAAACAUUAAUUUAAGUCCCUAGGUGUCGUAAAACGUUAAAUUGACUCAUUAGUUUCCCCUUUGCUAAGUAACUAACAAAAUGGACCACCAAAUUCUACCAGAAAAGGCUCAAAUGGGGCUAAAGAGUGACUGGAAAGUUAUUUGGGGCAAAGAAGAAAUAUUUGUUGAGGGCUUGGGGCCGAAUGGACUUGACGAAUUAAAGGCUCUUUUAUGCAAUAGAUAUCACUUACAAGAAGACGAUUACUACCUCUUAUCCAAUGGAAGAAAACUUACUGCUGAACCCAUUAACGGACACAUUCAAGUUAUUCCGAGGUUGCUUGGUGGAAAAGGAGGUUUUGGGUCCAUGCUAAGAGCCAUCGGAGCACAAAUCGAGAAAACCACCAAUAGAGAAGCCUGUCGAGACCUCAGUGGAAGAAGAUUAAGAGACAUCAAUGAAGAACAAAGGUUAAAAAAAUGGGUGUCCCAACAAGCGGAAAGGGAGAAAGAGGCCAAAGAAAAGAAGAAGAAAAAACUGGAAAAGCUGCUGGAGAAGCCCAAACACGAAUUCAAAGAUGAAGAAUACGAUAAGGAACGUGAAUCGUUGCCGGAGCAAGUGGAGGAUGCGGUGCUAAAAGGGUUGGAAGCGGGUUGCAGUACGACCAAAAGGAAACCGGACGAGAGCGAUAAAAGUAAAAUUCCCAAGAAAAAACCGAAACUGUGGAUCGAUAGCGAACUGGACGAGGAUUUAAGUUUGUCUGAAGGUGAAUCCGAUGAGGAAGGGAAAGAUACCGAAACCAGUCUGGCCAAAAGUGAUAAUUGUUAAGGGCCUCCUCGCCGUGUCCCAGCCUCAACAGGUGUCUCUCGUCGAUGUCCAGCUUGACGAUUUUAUCGAACAACUGAUUCAGCGCCUGAUUCGAGUGGGUCACGAUCAGCGUUCUCUGAUUCGGGAAGUUGUGGUAGAG